GUAAUUGAGAAUGGGUCCUCAACGAUGCUAAGUCUACAAUGGGAAGCGUCACACUUCGCUAUUUCUGCUAUGGGUGCCUUUUCACAUCCGUGACCUGGACGCUUCUGCUCUUUGUUUAUUUCAACUUCAGUGAAGAGAACCAGUCCUUUAAGAAUGUGCCCGUCAAGGGGCUGGAACCUCAGAGGCCAUUUCCAAAAAAAUUCUACCCCCGUUUUACCCGGCGGCCAGUUCAUAUACCUGAAUUGCAGCAGAAAGAGAGUAAGAUAGGAAAUCCUCUUGGAAAUCAUGUCCAGGACCCAGUUAAGGGAGAGGUAGAAUUCUCUCCUGAAAUGGGAAUGAUUUUUAAUGAAGAUGAUCAGGAAGUGAGAGACUUGGGCUAUCAGAAGCAUGCUUUCAAUAUGCUUAUCAGUAAUCGGCUGGGAUACCACCGGGAGGUGCCCGAUACAAGAGAUGCAAAAUGUAGAGACAAGUCCUACCCUUCUGAUCUGCCAUCUGCCAGCGUCGUUAUCUGUUUCUACAACGAGGCGCUUUCAGCCCUGCUCCGCACAGUACACAGUGUCCUGGAUCGCACUCCUGCACACCUUCUUCAUGAAAUUAUUUUGGUGGAUGACAACAGUGAGUUGGCUGACUUGAAGAAAGACUUGGGUGAAUAUGUUAAAACUCAGCUUCCAAAAACUACAAAAUUGGUAAGAAAUGAGAAGCGGGAAGGCUUGAUUCGAGGAAGGAUGAUUGGAGCCUCUCACGCCACAGGGAAAGUGCUGGUAUUCCUGGACAGUCACUGUGAGGUGAACAAGAUGUGGUUACAACCUCUGCUGACUCCCAUCAGAGAAGAUCGCAGGACUGUGGUGUGCCCUGUGAUUGACAUAAUCAGUGCUGACACGCUUACCUACAGCUCCUCCCCGGUUGUGCGUGGAGGGUUUAACUGGGGCCUGCACUUCAAGUGGGAUCUUGUUCCUUUGUCAGAACUGGAAGGACCCGAGGGAGCCACUGCUCCUAUCAGGUCACCUACCAUGGCUGGAGGCCUGUUUGCCAUGGAUCGGGAGUACUUCAAUGAACUUGGACAGUAUGAUAGUGGCAUGGACAUCUGGGGAGGAGAAAAUCUGGAAAUAUCUUUCCGGAUCUGGAUGUGUGGUGGUAGACUUCUGAUCAUCCCCUGCUCCAGGGUGGGACACAUUUUCCGUAAAAGGCGUCCCUACGGCUCCCCAGGGGGACAGGACACUAUGGCUCAUAACUCACUGCGGCUGGCACACGUGUGGAUGGAUGAAUAUAAGGAACAGUAUUUUGCCUUGAGACCUGAGCUAAGGAUGAGGAACUAUGGAAAUAUUACUAACCGUGUAGAAUUGAGAAAAAGAUUGAACUGCAAGUCAUUUAAAUGGUAUUUAGAUAAUAUCUAUCCUGAGAUGCAAAUAUCUGGGCCCAAUGCCAAAGCUCCGCAGCCAGUUUUUAUUAAUAGAGCACAGAAACGACCGAAAAUCAUCCAGCGUGGAAGGUUGUAUCACCUUCAAACCAACAAAUGCCUGGUUGCCCAGGGCCACCCUAGUCAGAAAGGAGGCCUGGUAGUGGUUCGGGAAUGUGACUACAACGAUCAAAACCAGGUCUGGAUUUACAAUGAAGAUCACGAGCUGAUUUUAAACAAUCUCCUUUGCUUGGAUGUUUCGGAAACUCGCUCGUCCGAUCCACCUCGUCUCAUGAAAUGCCAUGGCUCCGGCGGCUCGCAGCAGUGGACAUUUGGG